AUGUGUAGGACCGAAAAAGGCAUCCAGGUUAAUUUAGGAGAUGCACCAAGGGUUUGUGGAGUUCAUGAGGGAGCAACCACAUUGGCAAAUAAGAUUUUUCAGCAAGGAUAUUACUGGCCUACAGCGAAGAAAAAAGCCAGAGAAUUGGUGAAUAGAUGUGACAUUUGUCAAAGGUUCGCCAAGGCCAUCAACAGCCUGACUACACCACAAUUAAAUAUAUCAAGCUCGAGGCCAUUCUCACAAUGGCGGAUAGACAUUCUAGGGUCAUUCCCUAAGACGGUCGAGCAGAAGAGAUUUGUAAUUGUGGCUAUAGUUGGCCCUUCUCUAAAUGGCCCGAAGCAGAGGUCGUACCCACCAUCACAGUCUGGAAAGUGA